UUUUAUUUUUUCUCUCUCAUCUUCGGCGCUGUUGAAAAAGGCUGCAUGCGUAGAGAGAGAGAGAGAGGCGUUUCUCUAACUUACAACUCAACUACGCGAAGACAAGAACUUCUUCUACUUUCUUCUGCAACUUUACUUGGCUAUUAUCCGAAUUAGGGUUUCUGAUUGAACAAAAAAGCUUGUAUUUUUUAUUUGGAAUCUUCCCAACUCCUUUGCCCUAGCUUCCUCACUUUUGAUCUCGAAGUUCCAUGAAUUAGGGUUUCAGGGAACUUAAUCGCCUUAGAAGAAAAGAUCCAUCUCAUACUUUGAACGUUUUGUCUUAAAUUUCUAGUUUUCUAUCGUCUUUAACGAGCGUUUGUGUGCCCUAAUGUGAGGGAAGGAGUUGUACUAGGGUUUCUCCGUUUCUAUGGGGAGCACCGGUGAACCAGACCGGAAGCGGCGUCACUUCGGCUCAACUAUAUCCCCCACAGCUGCUGCCGCCAAGAAGCAGCCCUUUUUACCGUUCUCGGAAGAUAAAAAGCUUGACACUGCUGUGCUGCAAUAUCAAAAUCAAAAGCUUGUGCAGCAGUUGGAAGCUCAGAAGGUCGAGUAUUUUGUUCUUGAGGAUAAAUUCUAUCAGCUGAAGGAGAAACAACAGGCUUAUGAUGACACAAUAAGUGUGGUAAACAGGUCUUGGAAACAGCUGGUUGAUGACUUGGAAUCAUGUUCUGUUCGUACGAGUUCUGUGGGCAGCGGAAAGGAUUCCAAGAAUUUAUCGGUUCCUGAUGACAAGCCACCAUUGCCUGUCGAGGAUUCUUUUCUGGCCAGGCUCUUGGAGACGGGGGCAACUGAAAGUUGCUCUGUGAAUGGCCCUCUUAAUCAAUUGGAAGAAGAAAAACAAACAGCCUGCACAAUGACCAAAAACAUUUUGCAAAAUAUAGUAUCUUCCAUUGAUGACCUGUGGUAUUCUAAGGAUCAACUGUCUCUUGGACUCCUGGAAAAUUUUCAAGAUGAUCCCUGCAGACAAAAAACAUCCAAUGAUUCAUCAAUGGAUGUUAAAAGAUUAAGGAUGGAACUGGAUGACCUUCAUUUAAAACAUAAAAUAUUGGCAAGUGAGGUGCAGAAUCAUCGAGAUGCUAAUGCAAAGAACAAAGCUGAACUGAAACGUUUAGUAGAGGAACUGAAGAGUACUGUUUCUGAGUUGGAAGAAAGCAAUGGUAAUUUGGCAGCUCUCAAAGCACAGAGAGAUGCAGGACAAAGUGCUUUUUUUCCUAUUUUAAACUUGGGAACUAAACAUAUUGCUGGAGAUAAGUCCAGGGAUAAGCAAAAAGGUUUGCAAGAUAUGGAAUCAAUACUCAAGGAGUUAUCGGAGUUAGCCUCAUGUCGAUUGGCAGAACUCAAGAGCCUUCACGAAGAAAGGCUACACAUUUUGAAGCAGUUAUCUAAUUUGCAGCAGACCAAUUUGAAGGAUGUGAAAGGAAUUUUUUCAUCAAAAGCAUACCUUUUGGUAAGCGAUCAGCUUGACAAAUCAAAAGCAGAAGUAGUCCAGUAUCAAGCCUUAUUCGAGAAACUACAGGUUGAGAAAGAUAACUUUACCUGGUGGGAAAAAGAUGCCAACAUGAAAGUUGAUUUAGCGGUUGUUUUUCGAAGAGCUUCUGCAGUUGCUGACUCUAGAAUGGCUGAUUUAGAAAAAGAGAUACAGAAACGAAUUGAUGAAAGAAAUUUCGUCGAGUCUAGGCUGGAAGAAGUUUCAAGAGAACCAGGAAGGAAAGAAGUUAUUGCAGAAUUCAAGGCCUUUGUUUCUUCAUUCCCCAAGGAGAUGGGCAUUAUGCAAAGCCAGUUAAAUGAAUACAAAGAAGCUACUUGUGAUGUUCAUUCCUUGAGAGCUGAAGUUCAGUCUUUGUCCAUCAUUCUCAAUAGGAAGGCAAAUGAAUUACAAACUGUUUCUGCUAGAUUGGCUGAUAAUAGUGCUGAAAUACAGAAAUUGAAGGAUGUGGUCCAUGAUUUGGAGGAGAGCAGUCAAGAGUUGAAACUAAUUCUAGAAAUGUAUAGACGUGAAACAACUGAUUCCAGGGAUGUUAUAGAGGCUAGGGAUUUGGAAUACAAGGCAUGGGCACAAGUUCAAAGUCUUAAAUCUUCUCUUGAUGAGCACAGCUUGGAGAUGCGUGUUAAAGCAGCAAAUGAAUCUGAAGCAAUAUCUCAACAGAGGCUGGCAACAGCAGAAGCUGAGAUUGCUGACUUGAGACAGAAAUUGGAAGCCUCUGGGAGGGAAAUUUCUAAACUAUCAGAGGCACUGAAAUCUAAACACGAGGAAGGUGAAGCCUAUUUAUCAGAGAUAGAGACAAUUGGACAGGCAUAUGAAGAUAUGCAUAAUCAAAACCAACAUCUUUUGCAACAGAUCACAGAGAGGGAUGACUACAACAUCAAGCUUGUUUUAGAGGGCGUAAAGGCAAGACAGCUGCAAGAUGUGUUGCUUGUGGAAAAACAAAUCAUGGAGAGGGAGUUGCAACAAACUAAUAUGUCAUUGGAUUUGUAUGAUGUGAAAGCUGCACGGAUUGAAGAUCAGCUCAAAAUAUUCUCAGAGCAUGUUGAGAAACUUGCAGAAGAUCGCUGUCAGAGUUUAUCUACUUUGGAGAACACCCAAAAGAAACUUGCAGAUGUGAAGAGAGAAUCUCAACAGCUAAAGGAGUCAUUGGAGGAAUCACAGUCCAAGGUAGAGAUGAGACGUGUGAAUGUUGCAGAACUGCAGGUAGAACUUGAGAUAGAGAGGUUUGAUAAGAAAAGAAUAGAGGAAGAGUUGGAAGUCAUGACAAGGAAAGCUACACGUCUGAGUUCACAGACUGAGGGGUCAUCAGUCCUUGAAAAGCUUCAGCAGGAAGUAAGAGAAUAUAAGGAAAUACUCAAGUGUAGUAUCUGUCAUGAUAGGCCAAAGGAGGUUGUCAUCACUAAAUGCUAUCACCUGUUCUGCAACACCUGCGUCCAACGAAUACUUGAAACUCGCCAGAGGAAGUGUUCAGUAUGUGCUGUGAGUUUUGGCCCUAAUGAUGUGAAAGCUGUCUACAUAUAACUGAUAUGAGAAGAAAAUGCGUUAGUUGAGAAACAUAUCCACCGUGCCUUUUCUCACGCACACAACUUCCAAGAAUGAGUCUGGCUUGCUUCUACGUCAGCAGUUGUAUGGAUAUAUAGCUGGGAAUUCUGUAAAGAAAAAUGGAGGGGAAAAUGUAAUGAGGAAUUACUUGGAGGCUUUUUCUGCUUCCUCUUGCACCUAUAGCGAGCUAGCUCAUAUGUGCAGGUUCUGGUUUUAGGGUGUGCUUUCCCAUCAGCUUCUUGAGUUUUACCAUAUAUGUGUAAAGUUUGGCUUCCUCAUUUAACUGCUUGGAGCUUUUGGAAUGUCUCAAUUGAUUAUUUGCAGAUCCACCAGAUUGAGCCUGCCAUUUUCCGAAGAUAUCAUGGAGGUUGAGUGGUCGGUAAAUAAAAAUUUCGUUACAGUGCUCAACCAAAUGCUUUCUACUGUGUUUCUUGCAAAUUGCUUGGGAAUGGCAUUGUUGAUUGUUGUAUCUCAAUGCAGAGGUCUAGCUCCAUUUGGUUGGAUGAAAUUGAGUUUAUAAUUUUGGCAGUUAUGGGGACAUGCUAAUUAAUUCAUUUUUAUGUACCAAUAAUCUUUCCAAUCAGAUGCUGCCCCCGAAGUGUACCCCUGAACCGGCCGAGAUUUUAUACAAAUUGUUCUAAGAGAUCUUUUUUUUCCCCUCGUUCUUGUGUUUUUAUGUUUUUCAUUUUUUUUUAUUGUUCAUCCUGUAUGCUUCUAGUGUAUCAGUUGUUGCAUCCACUUAUUUGUUCAAGUUUAUUGUCUUGAGAGUUU